AUGUUCACGAAGCACGGCAGGGCUCCUGAGAGGUGCCAUCACCCCUCGCAUAGGAGUUGCAAGAAGAAAAAGCAACCCCCGCAUACACCCUGGAAGUACUUGAUGAAUUGCCCACUCGUUAGAAAAUGUUUUGGUCUACAGCUGCGGAGUAUAGAAGAGCCGCCAGGGGGCGCGGGUGGUAUGCCCGCGCCUACCUGUUACGAUGCAGAGUGCGUUAGGACAGAGGCCUGGCUUGAUGAGAAUCAGGAGUUCGUUCAUGAUUAUUUUUUAAGGAAAGCUACAAGGCAAGUAGUGGACGCGUGGCUGGUUUCCCACGCGACGCCGCCCAGCGCUGACCUAGCCUCGCCCUCUAGAGCUGGCUCAGGCUCUGGAGCGACAACACCCGUGAGGAAAAUCUCUGCACACGAAUUUGAACGCGGGGGGCUUUUAAAGCCCCUAGUGACAACUGUAGAUGGCACACCCACCUUCCUUGGAGACCAGCCGCACGCGACCCCAUCACGACCCCAAAGACGUUCACGACACGAGCUGCGACAACUGGACGAGAAGGAACUGAUAUUUGAACUCGUAAAAGAUAUAUGCAACGAGUUGGAAGUUCGAGUCCUAUGCCACAAGAUUCUUCAAAACGUGUCAAUAUUAUUGGAUGCGGAUAGAGGUUCCCUGUUUUUGGUGCAGGGAGAGAGAGCUUCGUCACCACAUCCACAGAAUGGAAGUAAUAACUCGAUGGGAAUAUUAUGUCUGGUGUCGAAGCUGUUCGAUGUGUGUUCGAAGUCAACUCCGGAGCAAAUGGAACAGCUUGAGGAGAUCAGGAUACCCUGGGGCAGCGGGAUCGUUGGCUACGUGGCGGAGAGUGGGGAGCCUGUCAACAUACCUGAUGCUUACAAGGACAAAAGGUUCAACCACGAUAUUGACCAGCAGACGGGUUACAAGACGAGGUCUCUACUCUGCAUGCCGAUCAAGGAUAUCAACGGCGAGGUUAUUGGUGUUGCACAGGUGAUAAACAAACAGAAUGAUGGUCCGUUCACGGCGUACGACGAGAAAGUUUUUGCAUCGUACCUACAAUUUUGCGGUAUCGGACUCCGGAACGCGCAGUUAUAUGAGAGAUCGCAGCUUGAAGUGAAGAGGAACCAGGUCCUCUUAGAUUUGGCAAGGAUGGUCUUUGAAGAGCAAAGCACGAUAGAACACAUGGUGCUUAGAAUACUUACACACACACAAAGUCUGAUAAGAUGUCAACGGGUUCAGGUGUUACUAGUCCACGAAGCUUCAAAAGGUAGUUUUUCAAGGGUGUUUGAUUUGGAAGCCGGAGAUGACGCUGAACCCGGCACUCCUAGGACUUCGCCAUACGAGAGUAGAUUCCCUAUCAACAUUGGUAUAACUGGAUACGUUGCUACUACUGGAGAGACAGUUAACAUUGCUGACGCUUAUCUUGAUCCUCGGUUCGACCCCUCGGUGGACGAUGGGGCUGGCUUCAAACACAACACGAUAUUAUGUAUGGCCAUCAAAAACUCUGAAGGAAGAAUUAUUGGUGUCAUACAGCUCGUCAAUAAAUUCGAUGAUCUUCUGUUCACGAAGAAUGAUGAGAACUUCGUUGAGGCGUUCGCAAUAUUCUGCGGUAUGGGAAUUCACAAUACACACAUGUACGAGAAGGCGAUCACAGCUAUGGCCAAGCAGAGCGUCACUCUGGAUGUAUUGAGUUACCACGCGUCCGCUUCGUUAGACGACGCCCAGCGGUUACGGAGUCUAAGGAUACCAUCGUCGAUCCACUACAACCUUCAUCAGUUAGCCUUCGAUGACAUCGACCUGACAGAUGAUGACACCCUAAAAGCCUGUCUCAGGAUGUUCCUGGAUCUAGACUUCGUGGAACGUUUCCACAUAGACUACGGCGUCCUCUGUCGGUGGUUGUUGAGCGUUAAGAAGAACUAUCGGAAUGUAACAUACCAUAACUGGAGGCACGCGUUCAAUGUCGCCCAAAUGAUGUUCGCCAUUUUGACUGAGACGCAAUGGUGGAAGAUCUUCGGUGAGCUGGAAUGUCUGGCUCUUAUCAUAGGAUGUCUGUGCCACGACCUGGAUCACCGAGGGACCAAUAACUCAUUCCAGAUCAAGGCUUCAUCACCUUUGGCACAGCUAUAUUCAACUUCAACCAUGGAACAUCAUCACUUCGAUCAAUGUCUCAUGAUCCUAAACUCUCCUGGAAACCAGAUUUUGGCGAAUCUAUCCUCCGAAGAUUAUGAGAAGGUUGUCAAGGUGCUGGAAGAUGCCAUCUUGUCGACCGAUCUGGCGGUAUAUUUUAGUAAGCGCAAGGCGUUCAUCGAGCUGGUCAGUAGUGAUGGUUGCGCGUCCCCGUUGUGGGGUGAGUGUGACCGUCGUCGCGGUCUGCUCCGAGCCAUGUGUAUGACGGCCUGCGACCUCGCAGCUAUCACAAAGCCCUGGCCCGUGGAGAGACGGGUGGCGGCACUAGUCGCGGGAGAGUUCUUCAGACAGGGAGAUCUCGAGAGACAGAAUCUCAAUCUAACACCCAUUGACAUAAUGAACAGAGACAAAGAGGAUCAACUGCCAGCGAUGCAAGUGAAGUUCAUUGACUCGAUAUGCCUUCCUAUAUACGAGGCAUUCGCGGUGCUGUCACCAACCUUACAGCCGAUGUUAGAUAGAGUCAAGUCCAAUCGAGCUCAUUGGAUAGAAAUGUCUGAGACCGACGAGAAGUUCGACUACAGUCUAGACCAACCUCAUAUAGAUAAGAACGACAAGUCUAGCACCAGCUCUCACGUGGACGAUACGGAACCAUACGAAGCUGACAGCAGCGGGGCCGUGAGUCUAUCAUCUGAAACGAAUUCCAAGUACGAGAACCAAGAGAAUCCUGUAGUCGGUCUUGUAUGUAAUAACGCGUUGACAUUACCGAGAGAUCCAAAAAUAUGUCAAGUGAACGAAUUGAAUUAG